GCGGGAGAGGCAGGCGAGACUGGCGACGGCGACGACGCGCACCGCCCCGGAGACUAAAGGGGAGGGCCCUGGGUGAUGCGAGUUUGCACUAAGCGGCGGCGCUAGGACCCCGUGGGGGAGUGGCGGGGGCGGAGCGGGCGGCGCCAGGACCCGGGGGAAGCACGACGGGCGGGCGGCGAGCAGGCCCGGGGGCCGGGAGGCUGCGGGCGGCGGCGCUGGGCCCGGCGCGUCAGGAGAAGCCCUGAGAUGCCGAGCAAGAAGAAGAAGUACAACGCGCGGUUCCCGCCGGCGCGGAUCAAGAAAAUCAUGCAGACGGACGAGGAGAUCGGGAAGGUGGCGGCGGCAGUGCCUGUCAUCAUCUCCCGGGCGCUGGAGCUCUUCUUGGAGUCACUGCUGAAGAAGGCCUGCCAGGUGACCCAGUCCCGAAAUGCCAAGACCAUGACCACGUCCCACCUGAAGCAGUGCAUUGAACUGGAGCAGCAGUUUGACUUUCUGAAGGACCUGGUGGCCUCGGUGCCUGACAUGCAAGGGGACGGAGAAGACAACCACAUGGACGGGGACAAGGGUGCCCGCAGGGGCCGGAAGCCAGGCGGCAGCAGCCGGAAGAAUGGUGGCAUGGGCAGCAAAGGCAAGGACAAGAAGUUGUCCGGGACUGACUCGGAGCAGGAGGAUGAGUCUGAGGACACAGAUACUGAGGGGGAAGAGGAGGCAAUGCAGCCCCCACCCCAGGCCAGCCACCCCCCUGCCCCCUUUCAGAGCCCCCCGACACCCUUCAUGCCCUUCCCCUCGACUCUGCCUCUGCCCCCAGCACCCCCAGGCCCAUCAGCACCUGACGCAGAGGAUGAAGAGGAUUAUGACUCCUAGCGCCCCUGGCCCCCCAGACUGCGCCCAUUUUAGUUGCUCUGGGGGGAAGAGAGACAAUAAAGGUGUUCUUAAAUUUAUUAAAAAA